UUCCCGAAUUCGUUUGCAGGUCUGCUAUGGAUUAUUUUAUCAACCCUCCCGUGGUUAGGAGUUCGAUGUGAUGAGGCGGCUUACCUCUAUUCUGCACCAUGCAAUGAAAUUAAGUUCAAAAACGGGGACAUUGUUACAUUCUCAUCCGUAUGGUCGAAAACAAGCGUAGACGCUGAGCCGAGGCAUUGGUUGUUUGCCCUUACGGACAUGCAUUUGUGGCACAUAGCCAAGGACUUCUAUUUUUUCCCCCAGAAAGGAUUUGUAGACAUUAUGAAGCCAGAGGAUCGCAUGUCAAGCAAACGAACCUGUGUUAUGUUCGCCGGCGAGUUGAGGGGCGCCCCUACACUGGUAAUGCAGGCAAACUCCUUGCGAUGAGAAUGCGUUACAUGCCUGUAGUAUUCAACUUUCUCACCUGCAGCUGUCGUCACUACAUGGACUACAUUGUGUACGGGCGGAGCUACGGCGAUUAUCGGACGUGGCACUACCUGCCGGCCAGCAACGACUGCCCCGUCCAUCGGCAUUUUGACAGAGAGACAGACGUCACUUCAGCGAACUUCAAACUCGCUCGCAAAGACGCAAGAGGGAACCUUAGGUCCGUGGAGUGGCCCGCGGGAUGGACUCAGGAACGGAUGGAAGAAGUGCUGUCCGGGUCCCGGCUCUGCCCGCUAGCACCCACCAUCGAAGCCGCCAUCGCCCAAGUCAAAAAUGUUUGGGAGAGGAACCUAUCUCAAAUAAAAAAGAAGGGACUCUUCUCCUGUUUCCUGACCCCUCGGAAAAAUAAUGUGAAAGGCGAACCAGAAUUAACCUACCCCUAAUAAAGGACUGGAAACAAUGGACCACUAGACAAGGUACGAAUUUAAGUAAUCUGAUAUAGGUUUCU